GUACGCACCGCCUACCCAACCCAAACCUUCCACCACCACCACUGCGACGUCACCUCCUGGACCGACCAGCUCUCCCUCUUCAAGUUCGCCGUCGCCAACUCCCCCACGGGGGGCAUAGAAGGCGUAGUCGCCGCCGCGGGAGUGGUGGACAUGGACAACAGCUUCGACUCCCCCCGCCGCAACGGCAGCAAAACAGAAAACAACGAGCCGGAGGAGCCGAGGUUGAAGGUGCUGGAGGUGAACCUCACGGGUGUGGCGUACACGGUCCACCUGGCCAUGUUCUACCUCCCUCGGAACGGGACAGGUAGGGACAGACAUAUCCUGCUCGUCAGCAGCAUCGCCGGCAUUGCCCCCUUGCCGGGACAGACCGAGUACACCGCCUCCAAGCACGGGGUUAUGGGACUGUUCAGGGCGCUGAGGGGGACGAGCUGGACGAGGGGGGUGAGGGUGAAUUGUGUGAACCCUUACUUUGUGGACACACCUCUUCUACCGGCGAGCGGGAUCGCCUUGCUGGCUGGGGCGCCAAAGGCCGAGUUGGGGGACGUGGUUGAUGCCGGGACGAGGCUUAUGGCUGAUGAGGGCAUCAGGGGAAGGGCGUUGGUUGUUGGGCCGAAGAUGAGGGUUGUGGAGGGGGAGGAUGGGGUCACGAGGCUGGUUGCUGAGGCGCCGACGAACCCCGAGGGGGAGGGGGAGAGGGUGCAGGCGGUUUGGGAAGUCUACGCGGAGGAUUUUGAGAGGGUGGAGAGUUUUGUUUGGAGGUAUGUUGGGAUGAUGAAUGUGAUGAAGAGCCUGGCGGGUUGGGUGGGGGUGGUGAGGGAUUUGUGGGGGAUUUAUGUACUCGGGAAGAAGGCGAGGUGA